GUACCUUCCUUCGAGUGCGCCGCUCGGCAAAUGUCUGAAGCAGCAAAUCAACCGAAUCAGCCAAGCCCCGAGGUGCUUCAGAAGCUUGCCACUGCCAAGGAGAAGAAGGAUGCCGCAGAUCAUGCCUUCAAGGAAGGAGAUUUGAAAAAUGCUCUUAGAUCUUACCAUGAGGCGUUGAUGUACUUGAAAGGAUUGGACAAAAACGCGUCCACAGCGAUGUCGGAUGCUGUUGCUGAUAGUUCUCCUGUGGAUGGCGCGGCCACCGAGAAGCCGAAAACCGAGGCAUGUAGCGCAGACGAGAUGAUGGAGAAAAUCUAUUCCAAUCAGUCUGCAUGCCAUUUGAAACAGGGCAACUGGAAGCGUACCGUCGAGACCGCAGACAAAGCACUUGCUCUCAACGCGAACAACUAUAAAGCGCUAUUCCGAAAGGCCAAGGCACUCGGAGAAUCGGGCUACUUUGAGAAGGCGGAGAAGAUCCUGGAUGACCUCUUGAAGAAAAACGAAGCGGAUGCUCUUGCCAUCAAUGCUGAAUUGACCCGCCUUCGAGCAAUAGACAACGAACGAGAGAAAAUGCACAAUCAGAAGUACAAAGGCUUCUUGAACAAAAAGCCGGCGGAUGGACAGGCAGCAUAAAUUUUCCCCGAUAUUUUUCUGUCUCUCUCUUUCGAGGUGUAGUGCUUUCUGUUUGUCGUGUUAUGCCUUUGAUCAUCUUGUACUCUUUUGACAAUCUCAUUCUGCUGGUGUCGAUUACAAUGUAUACAUAUCUUAGACAGUCAUUCCAUUUAUCCCCUUGUGCGUUCAAAUCGAACC